AUGUCCUUCAACGACCUCGAACGGGGCUCCUCGUCCCGCGGAGGCGGCUCUGGUGGUAGCGGCGGAUCUCGCAAGACGCCCCUCCCAUUGUAUCGCGACGAAGUCUCCUCGGCACUUCCACCAGAGUUCGAAAAGCUCUCGAGCAAGAUAGGCAUCCAGAUCUUCAAGAUCAACUCGAAUGUCACGGCGAUUCAGAAACUCAUCACACUCUCCUCCUCAAACGCGUCCGGCAAGGCAGGCGCGCAGGACUGGAGCAAACGCAUCAACGACUUGAUAGAGACCACGCGCGAACUCGUCAAAGAUGCCACAGCUGACAUCAAGCAGCUGUCCACCUUCCCUCUCGGUCCAGCAAACGGCGGUGCUAAGCUGACGCAAGGCAAGCUACAACGCGAUUUCCAGGCUGCAGCUCUCCAAUUCCAGCGAGUCCAGAAGGAGGCAGUCGCAAAAACACGGGCCAAGUUGGAGCAGGACAAGCAGAAGGAACGACAGAUGCUCAAGUCGCGCAACUCCCAGCAGCUGCUCAUUGACACGGAAGAGUCUGAUCGUUCUGCAGCAGCGAUCGGCGGCGCGGAAGGUGGGUUGCAGGCGGAGUCGCUCGAUCUGUUGCCAGAAGGACCGACGCAAGCGGAUCUUGAGUAUCAGGAAUCGCUCAUCACCUCGCGUGAAGCUGAGAUCCGUGAAAUCGAGUCCGGCGUCCAGGAGCUCAACGAGAUCUUCCGUGACCUUGGCAACAUUGUUCAGGAGCAGGGAGGCAUGAUCGACAACAUUGAGUUCAACAUCAACUCGAUUGCGGAGAACACGGCGGGCGCAGAUCGGGAGCUGGUCGUGGCACAUGAGUAUCAGAGGAAAGCAGGAAGGAGAUGCAUCAUUCUGUUGCUGGUGGUCGGCUUUGUGGUGGCGGUGGUGCUCUUGGCGGUACUCAACUGA